AUGGUGCGGCUCGCCGUGAGCAGAUCCAAAGCCGACUUCCUCCAGAGCCUGGGCCUGUCCAACGACCGCCCGGGCGACCGCCAGGCAUACAUGGCCAUCAAGCGCGAGGCCAUGGAAGGCCGUGCCCGGCUGUAUCAGCGGCGCGAGAACCUGGUGCCCCAGUGCCGGGACGACAUGACGGUGCAACCUCCCUUCUCUUCCAGCCAGAUUACCGAGACAGCUAUGCACCGCGAGGUUCUCUGCAUCUACAGCCUGGCCAGCCCGACCACACGGCCGUACUACCUGCUUGGCCGCUUCCUGGAUGGCGAGAAUGAGGACAACUGGGUCAUCCGUUGGAUGUUGUGGAACGCUUUCCGGUACGGCAUGAACAAGAAGCGCAAUCCAGACUCCGACGACUUCAACGAAGUUUCUCCUCUUGAAAACGAAUCGCCUGUCGCUCUGCCGAGCGCGUCCGAUCCCGAGAGACGAACAGGUACGCUUGCGGUCUUUGGUCCCCUCAAAGCCCUGUUGUCUUCUCCACAAGAUACCGUGCGUACUAAAGACGACCCAGUUCCUUACGAUCCUGUGAGGGAUGCAUAA